UCGCACGAUGUAUUCGUUGCAUGCUUUGCAUACCCCUGUUGGUAUGUAACCCAUUCGCGAUGGUGUAUGACGCGUUGCAGAAUUGCAGGGGCACGUGUGAUUGGUCAAUAAGGGAAGUAUGGUAACGCAGAGACUAAGAAAGAACAACAAUAAUAAAGCUUGAGUCAAAUGUAGUUGAAGUAGCAGUAACAAAUAGUCUGUGGAUGUUUAUGCAAAUUCAAAUUUUCAUGCAGUUCGUGCAGUUUUAAAUUAUCAAAAAAUUUGUUACACUGUUGGUUAUUUAUGGAUCUAACGAUUGCAGGUGCUGGGAAGGCAACAGUACAUUGUACGACCGAUGGUAAUGGACGAAAGCUGUACGCCUGGAACCGGUAGCGACAAUCCGGCGGUCGCCGGAAGUAGCGGUGUUAUCAGCGAAGCAGCACUGGCGCAUGCUCCAGCGUUAACCGAGAAAACGGUUCGAGAACACGGAAUUCCGUUGGAGCAAGCGGUCGAGCAGUUCGAAGCAUGGUGGUCUUCCAUGUCCUGCGUGACGUCAGGCACCGCACCGAGAUUCGUCGUAGACGGACAGGCGCCUUUGAGACAAUGCCUGCAUCCAGAGGCCUGCAACAAAGACAUCGAGCUGCCAGAACAUUACAACUUCUUCCACGACCUCCGCAAGGAAUUCGUCGCCUGCUACUCUACCCACGGGGAACUUUCGACCUUUGGAAUACAGGAGAUGCUGGAAUAUUUUGGUCUACCGUCCGAUACGGAAAACGACUAUCACGUGAAGGAGAUACAGGAUAUGAUCAGCGUGAUACAAAGAAUGAUCAAAGAUGGUCACGUUUUCCAAACUCCUGAAGUAAUUAAUAUUAUCUUAGAACCUGGUAUAUGCUCAAAAGAUGAAGAAGUUGACAAUGGCUGUGUAGUAAGAGCACGAGGUCUUCCUUGGCAAUCGUCUGACCAGGACAUAGCAAAAUUUUUUCGUGGCUUAAAUGUUGCCAAGGGUGGCGUAGCUCUGUGUUUAAGUCCUAUGGGAAGACGUAACGGAGAAGCAUUAGUACGAUUUGUUAAUAAAGAACACAGAGACAUGGCAUUAAAAAGACAUAAACAUCAUAUGGGUGGACGAUACAUAGAAGUUUACAAGGCUUCUGGGGAGGAUUUCGUCGGCGUUGCAGGAGGAACAAGUGGGGAGGCUCACGCAUUUUUGUCACGGGGAGCUCAAGUCAUUGUUAGAAUGAGAGGCUUGCCAUAUGACUGUGUAGCUAAGCAAGUGCUGGACUUCUUUUUAUCAGGGCAAAAGCCCUGUCACGUGUUAGACGGGGAAGACGGAGUCCUAUUUGUCAAGAAACCAGAUGGCAGAGCAACUGGAGACGCUUUCGUUCUUUUUGCGAAAGAAGAAGACGCUGUGAAGGCAUUGAGCAAACACAGAGAUUGCAUUGGUAGUCGGUAUAUCGAACUUUUUCGCAGUACAAUUGCUGAGGUGCAACAGGUCUUGAACAGGGCAAUUGACCCAAAACAGGUCGUACUCCCGACGCCACCUAUCCCACAGCUUCCACCAAUACUUCCGCAACACAUCAUCACGUCCGGUACGCGUAAAGAUUGCGUUCGAUUGCGCGGUCUUCCUUACGAAGCUCUCGUAGAACAUAUUCUCGAAUUUAUGGGCGAGCAUUCCAAGAAUAUCGUCUACCAAGGUGUUCACAUGGUUUACAAUGCUCAAGGUCAGCCCUCAGGCGAGGCGUUCAUUCAAAUGGACAGCGAAAGUUCGGCGUUCGCGUGCGCGUCGCAACGGCAUCAUCGAUACAUGAUAUAUGGCAAGAAACAACGGUACAUCGAAGUGUUCCAGUGCAGCGGGGACGAUAUGAAUCUGGUAUUGACAGGAGGCACGAUGUUGCCACCACCACCUGUCGCGAUAUUCCCACCUGCGGCUGCGAUGCUACCACGCGGACCACCACAGUUUGCAGCUCCUUAUCCGCCACCGAUUUUUUACUGGCCCUAUCCCUCGCCGCCAGUCAGCCCCACCAAUUAUUAUAAUGCAGCGAACGUUGGUGGCAUCGCGGCGAUCCCUCAGCAGGCUGCAUUGUUGACACCCGCGGAGUGCCUGCAGCUGGCACCUGGGGCGACGGUGCCCACGGCGACCACGCCGACAGCGGAGCAACGGAUCGACACUUUCCUGCCGCGAAUGGAACUGGAGAAACGCGUACCUGUUCCCGCGCCCCCGCAGGCGGAAUGCAGUCCGUUCGUCGAAGUGUUCAUGGUUUGAUGAUCAUGGUCGUGAAUUCGUUCGGCGAUCCGCUUCUUAACGCCUGUCUCGUUGUUGAUAUUCGACGGAGUCGAGUCAAGCGCGUAAACCUUAGCCUCGCACGACAGAAACUUAACGUUACGUCUUUCCUGCUCCUUGCAUAAGAAGAUUCUUUGUGGCGAAUGUAGUACAGUCUACGGUACGAGUAUAGUGAUCCUAUUGGGUCAGUUUAGAGAGAGCUGUAGAGCUGAACUUUGUUGUGUAGGAGCCGUUGAAAGGGUAAGGUCUGUUGAUUACAGGGCAGUGGUCACUGCUUGCUGUUCGCAACGCGUGUGCUCGUUUUGGGUCUGUUAGAACCUUAGGGCAAUGGCACCUGAGCGUUUGUGACGGUGACUUUAAGGAUCCACAAAGAGGAUCUUGGUAGGAUCAUGGAAAAAGAAUCAAAAUCCUUUGUUUGGGACUCGCUAGGUUACCAAGUAGCAAGUUCAAUCUAAAGUCCAGGAAUAGUAGAUAGAACCUAACCAAAUGGUGGUAGGAAUGCUAAUGUACCCUUAAAGAGAAUGUAUCUU